AUGCCCAGCAUGGCACAAGCCAAGGAUCUCCUAGUGGGAACCCGUGUUCUCAUCUGCUGCAUAACAAUGAACGUGCUCACAGAGCACCCCUCGUAUGCGAUUUUGUAUUCAACCAUUGGGGCAUCGAUGGCAUUCCUAGCUUCAAGAACCAAGCCGGCAUCCUUUCGCCAUCUACCGAUCCGCUUCACAGUACAGGGACUUGGCGUUCUGAUAAGUACAAUCGGGGUCUCCCUUCACCUGUCUUCCCUCCAUCUACAGCCAUUUCCUUCGCAUCCGACAGUUCACCGUGGCUGCGUUCUCAUCGCCGGAGUCACAUUUGCGUAUGCUGGCCAUGUGAGCUUCUCGGAUACUUUCUUGAAAUCCAGGGACUCGGCCGAUCUACCGCGGACCCUUGCAAGUGUGCAGACCUGUGAAGUGAUUAUGUACAAGGUCUCGGCAAUCACUACUCAUUUCUUCGUGGGCGACGAUAUCAGCUCUCCUGCCUUCAUCUCUGUGGGGAGACUGUUUCGGCAUAUUUCUAUCGCGUGUGGGGUUCCAGUGCCGAUAGUAUAUGAGGUCGCGGUUUACAAGUACCUGAAUAUGCUUAAGCUGGUCUUUCUUGACCCAGAAACAGAUGAUUGCGUUCUCGGGCAAUCUGAUCUUACUUGUGGUGACCUUGGUCAUUUGCGUGAC